GGACGACCUGUUACAAAAUGAACCCCUGUCCGCCGCCGCCUCGUGUGGCCGUUCCCGUUCCGUCUCCCAGGAGCGAGACCCGAAGUUUCUAGAGCCUUCGGGCCGAGAUGGUCGUGUUGCACGUGAAGUUGGCGCCACCCGCUGCCGCCGCCGCCACCGCCGCCGCCUCCUCUCCCAUGCAGGACGUGGACGAGGAGACGGAGUUCCUGUACGAGUGCGCCGCCUCUGCGGUCGUCGCGGACGUCGCGGCCGCCCUCGGCGCGCUAGCGGGCCUCCAGGCCGCCAUCCUCUCCCUCUGCCGCCGCCUUCGAGCGAGGUGUGCUGGUGCGAUGGGCGAGCUCGAGAGGGCGCUGGACGAGGCCGAGGCCUACGCUUCUAAGGUGCAGCGCAACAGAUUCCUGUCUCCUCGUGCUCUAAGGGAACAUAUCAAGAACAUCGAGAAGAAAUGCGCUAAUACUCUACAAGAACCUCUGGAGGCAUUGUCUCUGCAAGAGUCAUCAUCAGACAACAAGCAUGAGAGAAUACAGAUUUGGUGGGCUGGGAAAGAGCUAGCCAUGGACCAGAAGCUAUCCGACUAUAUCGGUGUUAAUGAUAAAACCAAGAUUGUCGUCAGGCUAAUUGAAGCUCGUGAUGAGUGUUGAUUGUGCUCCUACCUCUUCAUUGAUAUCGCAGAGUUGGUUUCCUCUUCGAUAAUAUUAGUAUAUGGAUACUGGUCCUCAGUCCCUGUAAGAUAGUUUUAAUUCCCUUGAACAACAUUCUUGUCAACUGUAUUAUCUGACAAUAGGUAUAAGUGGUUUGACUUCUUGUACCAGUUGCUUGUACAAUAUAUCCUCAGUCAUCACAGAGGCUUACUUUUGGGGUGUUAUGUGCCAGUUAUCCCCUUUCAAUAAGGUGGUAUAAAUUUUAAGCUAUCAUCCUGUUUAUCUGUAA